GCGCGUUUUCUCAGAUCCUCUGCCGUCGGAUAGCAAAGUCUGGCCCAACGCAGUGGAAGUGUGCGAUCGCGACUACAAAGACAACUACGUACAAAGACUGGGAUGGCAGCGCGAUACCGUGCGUGCCAGGGAGACCCCCUUUUAGAGAUUAUAUACUCGAUAUCUGCCAAAGGCCUGAGCUCAUCAUGACUGCGACCGUGUUUGCUGCAGCAUCUGGCAUUACUGCAAUUCUCAACAUUGUGCCCUUCUUGUGGCAUCUACAAAACAGUAAUUCGGGUCCAAUAUGUCUGUCCUUGCAGGGCUUUUGGAUCAUACUGAUGAACUUCCUGUACUUCAUAAACGCACUCGUCUGGGCGAACGAUGCGCUGAAUCGGGCUCCAGCCUUCUGCGAUAUCACCGCCAAACUGCAAUUGGCUGGACCGAUCGGAGUGCUGGUUGCAGAUCUUUGCAUCUUGCGAUUCCUUGCUCAGAUCGUCAGCCCAAAAUGCAGGAUGAUCACUGCUCAGUCACGGCGCAGAGCAUCGAUUUACGACUAUUGCUUCUCUCUUGGCCUGCCGGUCCUUGUAAUGGCGACCCAUAUCAUCUAUCAGCCUUAUAGAUUCGGUCUAGCAAAGAACUUCGGAUGUCUGACGACCUUGGUGUUAACGUGGCCGACUUACAUUCUGUUUCUGAUCUGGCCGCCUAUCCUGUCGUUCGUUGCUUGCGUCUACGCGGUGUACAUCGCAGCCAGGCUCAUCAAGCAUCGAAGAGCCUUCGGCAAGACUAUACAACAGAGCGGUUCUGCGAUCACGCCCUCUCGCUUUGUUCGAUUGGGUCUACUAUCGACUUGUUUCGUGCUGUUUAAUUUGCCACUGUCUAUCUAUAAUAUCCUCAUCGUGCAAGAAAGCUCUGGCGGUUAUAUCGACUAUUCGUGGGACUUCAUACACGCCGACAUGAAAUAUAUCCAGUUCUAUCCACUCAAUCCGCCGACCACCACUAUCGGCAACUGGUCACUGGUCAUUGCGGGUCUCUUAGUCUUUCUCUUCUUUGGCUUCGGCUCAGAGUCGAUGUCAUACUACCGUGCGGUCUACUACCGAACCGCAUCCCUGCUUCGCCUGCGAAGGCAUGCAGUCAAGCCCUCAGGAGCCGAUCCGGCCCAAGUUCAUCUCAGGCGAGAUGUGUCAAACGUCAGCCACAGUGGCGAAUGGAAACGUCCGAUAGAGGACCUAGUCAGCCCUUCGAAGAGCGACUCGCGGCCUUUUCAAGGUCUGCAGGAGGUCAAGUUGCCCGCAAGCCAGAAUGCCUGUAACGCUACCGACAGGAAGUCUGCAUUGUACACUCAAUGCAAUGCAUAG